ACACACACACACAUACACACACACUCAGUCACUCUCUCUCUCUCUCACACACACACACACACACAGCGCAAAUAUAUCGACCCUGGACUAAUUCAUGCUGAAGGUGGGAGUGGUGUGUGUGUGCUGCGGUCAUGGCGUGUGUGUCGGAGUUCUACGCGGGGAAGUGUGUGUUGAUCACCGGGGCGACGGGCUUCAUGGGGAAGGUGUUGGUGGAGAAGCUGCUGCGCUCGUGUCCUGAAGUUAAAACUCUGUACCUCCUGAUCCGCACCAAACAGGGACAGAGCUCACAGCAGAGGAUACACACCGUCCUGCAGACCAAGCUGUUCGACCGUCUCCGUGAGGAGAACCCAGACUUCCAUAAGAAGAUCGUCCCCGUCAGCAGUGAGCUCACACAGCCCGGCCUCGCCCUCAGCGACCAGGACGUCCAGAUGCUCACGCAGUCCGUCCACAUCAUCUUCCACUGCGCCGCCACCAUACGCUUCGACGAGCCGCUCAAACAUGCCCUGCAGCUGAACGUGAUUGCGACGCAGCAGCUCUUGUCUCUGGCGCACCAGAUGCAGCAGCUGCAGGCGUUUAUUCACAUCUCCACCGCGUACGCCAACUGUAACCGCCGCCAUAUUGAUGAGGUCAUCUACCCCCCGCCCGUGGAGCCCUCCAAGCUCAUCCACUCACUCGAGUGGAUGGAUGAUGCGAUUGUCCGUGACAUCACACCGAGGCUGAUCGGUGAUCGGCCGAACACGUACACCUACACCAAAGCGCUGGCGGAGUGUGUGGUGCAGCAGGAGAGCGCCAAACUGAACGUGGGGAUCAUCAGACCCUCCAUCGUCGGUGCCAGCUGGCAGGAACCGUUCCCUGGCUGGAUUGACAACUUUAACGGUCCGAGUGGUGUCUUCAUCGCGGCCGGAAAGGGCAUACUGAGGACAAUGAGAGCCAGUAACGAUGCAGUAGCAGAUCUGAUUCCAGUGGACGUGGUGAUCAACCUCACACUCACCGCAGGGUGGUACACUGCAGUGCACAGACCGAAGUCUGCUCUGGUUUAUAACUGUACUACAGGAGGCAUUAACCCUUUCCACUGGGGAGAGAUCGAGCAUCAUGUGAUGUCGACGUUUAAGCGGAACCCUCUGGAGCAGGCGUUCCGUCGGCCCAACGCCAACAUCACCUCCAACUACCUGAUCAAUCAGUACUGGAUCCUGGUGAGCCACAAGUUCCCUGCGCUUCUCUACGACCUGUUCCUGAGACUGUCCGGACAAAAGCCUCAAAUGAUGCGGAUCUUCAACAGGCUGCACAAAGCCAUCGGGCUGCUCGAGUACUUCAGCAGUCAGGACUGGGAGUGGAAUUCUGACAACAUGAACAUGCUAAUGAACCAUCUGAGCACUGAGGACCGCAAGACGUUUAACUUUGAUGUGCGUCAGUUGAAUUGGCCCGAGUACAUCGAAAACUACUGCAUCGGUACCAAGAAGUAUGUACUGAACGAGGACAUGGCCGACAUUCCGGCCGCCAGACAGCACCUGCGCAAGCUGAGGAACAUCCGCUACACGUUUAACACGGUCCUGCUGGUCUUUAUCUGGCGUGUGUUUAUCGCUCGUUCUCAGAUGGCCAGAAACAUCUGGUACUUUGUCGUCAGUUUGUGCUUCAAGUUCUUGUCCUACUUCAGAGCCUCGAGUACCCUCACCAGUUAAAAACACACAUUCUACUGACCCAGUAUCUUCCAGCGCAGCCUGUCCUUUCCCACGUCUGUCUCCAGAGUCUCUCAGUUUACUCCAGUGUAGGCCAGACUGUGUCUGUCCUCAUGAGCAAAAAAUAAUUUGCACACCCACGGUCUACUGCAGCAACAUCCAGUUUGGCUCCAGUUCACUCAAAUAUACCCUGUUCUGCCCAUUGUCCUCUAAAAUAAACCCUGGUCUCCCUGGUCCUCUUCAAUAAACCCUGGUCUGCACACUGUCCUCUAAAAUAAACCCUGGUCUGCCCCUGGUCCUCUUGAAUAAACCCUGGUCUGCCCACUGUCCUCUAGAAUAAACCCUGGUCUGCCCCUGGUCCUCUUGAAUAAACCCUGGUCUGCCCACUGUCCUCUAAAAUAAACCCUGGUCUGCCCCUGGUCCUCUUGAAUAAACCCUGGUCUGCCCACUGUCCUCUAAAAUAAACCCUGGUCUGCCCCUGGUCCUCUUGAAUAAACCCUGGUCUGCUCUAACACACUUUCUCUCAAAUAUACGCUGGGCUCAUCAUGGUACUCUAGUCUGCCUCUAAUCUAUCUGACAGUACUCUGAUCUGCCCCAAUUCAUCUGAAUAGUACCUUGUCUAACUGUAGUCUAGGGCUGCACGAUUCUCACUAAAAUCAUGACUUUUCUCCAUGGGAAUUAAGAUUACGAUUCUCUCUUUUUAUUAACCAACACUUUUAUUUUACUUGCACCUGAUGUCUGUACUGGACUUUUUUUUGUUUUUUUGAAUAAACAAGUGUCGCUUCCUUCCUUAUUAUAGAAACCUUAAAGGGAAUAACUUAAAAACUGUUGAACAUAAAUAGAAUGUUAACAGUAAUAAAUAAGAAUAGUGCUGUGCCUUUGGGACACUCAGCCAGCUACAGCAUAUCUCUCUCACUCACUUAUCUUCUAUACUGCUUUAUCGUGUAUUCAGGGUCGCUGGGACCUGGAGCCUAUCCCAGGAGACUUAGGGCAUGCAGAAAGAGGUGGGGUACACCCUGGACAGAGUGCCAAUCCAUCACAGGGCACACACACAUACACACACUCACACACUACGGGCAAUUUGGGAACAACAAUUAUACUAAUCUACAUGUCUUUGGACAGUGGGAGGAAACCGGAAUACCCGCUUGUGAAUGCAGCGUGAUCAGAAUGCAGGAAAAAACAUACAAGUGAAUCAGUGUCAUUCAGAAAUGAGAUCACAUGUAUGUAUGAAACGAAAUUGUGAUUUAAAAAAAAAAUUAAUUAUUAAUCGUGCAGCUCUACUGCAGGCCAUUAGAAUGUACCCUCCCCUCUUGAGCUAACAUUGAUCUUCCCCCAGGUCAGUUGUGCAUCCUGCUCCCGACCCAUAUCUAUUUGAUUGUACCCUGGUCUACCCCUGUUACUCGCAGUAUACCCGCGUCUGCCGGGAGUCCACUAUAAAAUAUACCCUGGGAUAACCCUAUUCCUCUGCAGUGUAUCCUGAUUUGUCCUGUUGAGUGUACCUUGUUUUGUUGUUCUAGUCUAAAGACAUGCACUCCUCAAAGACUAAUUUAUUCAUAACUUAUCAAAACAGAUCGUACCAAUAUUAAAGUCUUCCCAGUCUACGAAAAUAUUACCCACCUUUCUGCCCCAAGUCUAUUCCAUCCUCUGUCUGUCUGUGACUAUACCUCGAGAACGUUUGUCUCCGCACUCUUCCCCACUUUGUCUGCAGUAUUCCCAUCUGACUUCACUACACGUACCCCGAUCUUCCCAUCCUGCCCUACUGGGAUUCAGUAUACCUUCCUAAUCUUUGACUUUUAGCCUUUAUAGACCCUUCAAAGGUCACCUGAUCCUUCCUCCAAUCAAGACCCAGAAAGAAGCUGGAGUAUUCUUACACCGCAGCAUUCUACUGCCCAUGUCUAAUCCCCCCCCCGCUAAUUUGUCUCCAGCAACCCAGCCUCUCACAGUGUCACUUUAAAUCAUGACCAAUCUGCUAACAGUUCUCCAGCGUGUCAGGCCGACUCCUGCCGAGUUACUCGGGGUGUCCUGAGGGGGGCAAGCGGUGCAAUCUUACCUUCAGCACCUCCACUGUUUUUAGAGCUUUGUCUUUUUUUAUAGAAAGGUUUUCUUUAAAGUAAAAAAAAAAAAAAGUAAUCGCUAUAUAUGCAACAGCCACUCUUAUGUUACCUUGCUUAUAUAUUUGUCAAUGUUUAAUUAAUAUUAUUAUUAUUAAUGUCUUGAGACAAAGUCCUGACAUUUUAUUUUUUAAACAUUUAAAUCAUGACGGUGUUUGAAAGAAGAUAGAGUUGUUGAAAUUUCUUCAGUGCAGAAAGCUCUUCGUGUGUGUGUGUCUGUAGGUGUGUGUGUGUGUGUGUGUGUGUGUGUGAACAAAACAGAUUUCAAAGUCUGUGUUCAUUAUCUGGGAACUACUUUUUUCAUCAGUUAUCGAGCACUAAUAAACAUUUUUAGCGCACACACACACAGACUGACCCCAUGUAAACUCACAAUCUUGCUCAUCAUCUCUUCAUGACUAACACUUUGAUCUUGAUCAGGUUUUAAAAAACUCUGUUGGCGAAAUAAUUAAAACGUUAAAACUUUCUUGAUAACUGAUGAAUGAAAACUUUUCUUUAUUUCUGAUUUAACAACUGGUUUAUAAUGCGUUAAAGGUGCAGGCUUUAUCGCCGUAAUCACUUACUCUCGUUAAAUACCAACAUGUUUCAUACGCAGUUCUGCAGUAUUAGCACUAAACGCUGAAGGACGCAUGUUUGAGUCUCGAUCUGUAUUUUAGCAACUUGGCAUUUAUUUAUAUUUACUUUUUUUUUUUUUUUUUUUUACCAGAUUUAUCUUUUGGCUUGCUUAAGUUAAUUUUGCACUGAACAGUUGCCCUUAGCAUGUUAGCAAAGUUCACAUUUGAUCUAGAAAUUUAGCAGAAACAUAAAUCCCCAGUGCUUUCUAGUUAUUCAACUUAUUUUACUUGCAUCUUGCUAGCAUAGCUACCUUAUCAACUAGUUACUGUAAGACAUAACUGUCCCAAGCCUGAACAGCUCAUUUGCAAGCAAGCCAGGUUCACAUUUUAGAGAGUGUAUUUUUUUAAAUAUAAAAAAUCUGCUGAGCUAACAAGUGAUAACUGGUUGCUAACUGAGAUUGCAAGUUAUGUUGAUCAUUUGAUUAACCACAAUGUGAGCAUUUCUCUUAAGCUAAGCAAAUUUACACGUUAGCUAGCCCUGACCUAAGAUUUUAUUUUAUAAGUGAGAAUUUACCAUAAGUACAGUGUUCCACAGCAUGUUAACAUAAACCAGUCAUUGUCACUUGCUACCUUACUGCAGUAACGUGGAGAGAAAGCUGAAGUAGUGUUUGAGCCGAUUGUAAUGUUUACUGACGCACAGACUGCCCUCUGUUGAUACGAUGCCAAACAAAAUGCAUUUUUACAUUUUUAAUAAGAACAAAGUGUGUGUUUACUGUUCUGAAGUGUUUUAUGUACUGUUCGUAACUGAUCGAGGAUAUUUACACAGAUGCCAUAUUACAGUACGGAGCUCAUCUUCCUUCAUCCUGUCUUAUGUUUUAAUGACAAGUUUAAAUACAAACCCAAUGAAAAAAAGGGAAAGUGAUUAAUCGUAUUUAUUCUGCUCUAAUCCUUUUAUUUUGUGUGUUUUAAACAUUUUAACUGAAUCACAAUCAAAGUCGCAUAUUUCUCCCUUUCUCACACUUUGUUAUAAGAAUAAAACUUCAUGAGCAUUUCAUCUCUCUACACCUCAUGGUCACCUUGAUGUCUUAAUAAACACGUGCAAUCAGAAA